CCUCUCUUCUUCCCAAGACCUUUACUCUCUCUCACCAUGAAGAAGACAAUCUCCAAGGUUUCCAAGAUCUUCAACGGCGGUAAGAAAUCCAAGGAGGACGAGAAUGUUUCCUCCAUCACUCCUGCGCAAUUGGGGGAGAUGAGGGGAGUCAUUCCUCCUGAUUAUGGCGUCCAGGAAGCCACGGGUACUACUUUGGAGCGCAAUCCUGACACCUCCCGCCGACUGGUCGUCCACUACGACUCGGUGAGGAUGGGAUGCCGCUUCCCUCUCCAUCCCCUCUUGGUCGAACUUUGCAACCGCUACGCCAUAACUCCCGGUCAGAUUUCCUCGAACUCCCACGAGAGUCUUUUUGGCUUCUUGGCGCGGUGUCACAAGAGAGGCAUCCAACCCACUCUGAAGCUCUUCCUCUCUUUCUUCCGUCCCCACAAGUAUGAUGGCGAGUUGGGCCGGGGGUUCGUGAGCUUCACGGCCCGGGCCGAUAUGCAAUUUUUGGAUAGCCCGGUCGACAAACUUGACGAUUGGUUCCGCCGCUUCUUCGUGGUGGUAGUUCCCGAAGAUCUUCCCUUCCCCAACGUGUGGCGGAAGAAGGAAGAUAAGUUCCCUUCUCACCUUUUUCCCCCUCGCGACUCGGAGCUCGAGGGGGUCUUCCGUCUUCUUCGCAAGAACGGCCAUCCGGUCCCCCGCGCGCUCCUCCUCAAGGACUCGUAUUUUCGGGGUAUCGGAUUCUGGGUGUCUCCCGAUAUUCCUCCUCAAGAGCCGUCGGGAGACACAACUUCCUCUUGGGUUCCUCCUUUCAGGAGCACACGACUCUGUCGGCGAUCUUCUCGAAGGGAUCCUUCUCCGGAGGAGGACACCGAGGCCAAAGAAGUAGGGUCCGCGACGGGGGCCCUAUCUCUGGCGCUUGCCGAUCAACCUCCCCUUUUGGAAGAGGUGGUGGUUGAGGACGUCUCCGAAGAUGAUGGCCUCUACGACUUCCCUCCGGGGACCCUGAGGGUGUCCGGCCUUAUCCCCGGCGUUCCUCACACUCCUCUCUUUGGCAGGGGAACUUCUUCUUCGGCUCAGCCCAUGGGCCCACUAGGUUUCCACCCCCAAACCAGUGGGCCCCUUCCGACAGGGGGCGCCACUGGUUCGCAAGGGUCCCUUAAGCCGCCUCACGUUCAG